AUGAAGUCUGCUAAAAAUGCUGGGACUGGUACAUUAUGGGGAGAAUUGCCGGCAAGAGAAACUCUCAAACAAGAAGUAAUCACUCCAGAUAUAAUAGAAAAUAUCUGGAGGCAAGUUAUGGAAGAGUCAAAUAAUACAGAUUGUGACUAUCAAAUGGAUAGCCAACCUGAAUAUAUACAAUUACCUAUGGGAAACCUUCAUGUGUUAAAUACUAUAAAUUUUCAUCAACAAUUAAGAAUGAUGGAGGAAGGAAUGGUAUUAGGAAACAUGACCACAAUCGAGGCACAGGAAUUACAGGAUGUCAAAGAAUCACAGAAUUCAUUUCAGUUUUUACCUGUACAGAAAGAAAGAAAUACAUUCAAAGAUUCAUCUACAGUACAUUACCUCACAUUGAAGACAACACGAGCCAUACUAAGGCAUACAGUCAUUGUUCUCUUAGCACACAUUGGAUUUGAAAAGUCAUCGGAUAUAGCUAUAGAUACACUUACAGAUAUUGCAGAUCACUUUCUUCGAAGAAUGACACUUUUAAUGAAAGUAGCAUAUGAACAGAAAGCCCAUGGAUUUCCUGACAUAGUAGAGAGGGUUCUGUUAGAGACAGGUGUUGGUGGUGUUGCUGCUCUUCAUGACUACUAUCAAGAAUAUGUUCUGAAGUUCGAGGAGAACAUGAAAAAGAAGGUCGAAGCAAUGAUGGAGAAACAGAGGCAACUUGAACUUAAUGCUCGUAGUUCUAAAAUGGUCUUAGAUGAAGCAGCCAACAAACUGCAGUUCGAGGAACUCGAUGAAUUCGGUAACGUCUAUCGAGAGGUUCCGACUCUUCAGUUACUAGAUCCUGAAAUGGGCUUCCCUCCUAGCCUCGAUGCUGGUUUUCAAAUGUUGUACAGUUUAGAGCAAGAUGAAUUAAAUAGCCUGGAAGUGGAAGAAGAGGAGGUGAACGUGAGCGAUUCUCCAAAUACUGGGCAACGAUCUGAUACAUCGACGGAUAAAAAGAAGUCUUGAUAUAUCCG